AUGUUCAAUGAUGUUGACUUUUCUUCUAUGACUUAUUCUCAGUGUACGACCUUCUUCAAACGUUUCAUGCAUGAAGAUUGUAAAAAGUUAUACUACUGUGAACCAUGCAUUUCCCUCGUGGAAUGGCUUAAUCCCAAUUCAGAUGAUGUGGAAUAUGCUACUUUUAUUUUUGAUGCUUAUGGAACAGAUGGUGUAAUUUUUGUUUAUGUGGAUCGUAUUGGGGUUGGUUUUGAUGGGUGGCUUGAUGAUGAAGAUAAUGAUGAUGAUGGACGUGAGUCUUGUAUUGAUGGUGAAAAUGAAGAUAGCAUAGAUGAACUUCGGAAUGUUGAGUUAGAAUUUAAUGAUGAUGUAGUGCAUAUGAAUAGGACAUCAAAUGAUCCUUUUGUUGAGUAA